AUGCAUGGUCGCGUCGUCCGCGUGCUGCUCUUUGCGGCAGUAGCCCUCGCGGUGCGCCGGCCGCCGGAGUUGUUGGCAGAGGACGGUGGAUGCAAAUGCUUCCCCGGCGAUGCAUGCUGGCCCGGGCACUCGGACUGGGACCGGCUCAACAGCACCGUCGGCGGCAGACUCAUCGCGACGACGCCGCUCGGCUCGCCAUGCCACGACCCUCAUUACAAUGAGACCGAGUGCGCCACUCUCCAGAAGGAGUGGCUUUACUCGGCGGUUCAUAUGGAGUCCUCGUCGUCCGUCAUGGCACCGCUGUUCGCCAACAAGAGCUGCGACCCCUUCCAGCCGCGAUCCUCGCCCUGCACGCUGGGCAAUUACGUGCGCUACGCCGUAGACGCGCGCUCGCCGCAGGACGUCGCCGCGACGCUGACCUUUGCUUCCCGACACCGCAUCCGCCUCGCCGUGCGCAACACGGGCCAUGACUACAACGGCCGCUCGACGGGUGCUGGGGCGCUGGCCGUUUGGACGCAUCACAUGAAGGACAGCGCUGUCAUCGACUGGGCAGAUAGACACUACAUCGGCAAGGCGCUUCGUGUCGGUGCUGGCGUCCAGGGUUUCGAGGCGCUCGCUGAGGCACGGAAGCAUGGGCGAGUGGUCGUGACGGGCGAGUGUCCGACUGUUGGGCUGGCUGGAGGGUAUACGCAAGGAGGCGGACAUUCUGCGCUUAGCACCGUUCAUGGCCUUGCUGCAGAUAAUGUCCUGUCUUACGAGGUGGUAACUGCAUCGGGCAAGCACGUCAGAGCUUCGAGGGCUGAGAACUCUGACCUCUACUGGGCGCUGAGCGGCGGAGGAGGCGGCAACUACGGCGUCGUGGUGUCCAUGACAGUUCGAGCGCACCCCGAUGCGAAGGUCAGCGGCGCCAGCUUCGCCAUCACGGCACCCGAAAACUCAACGAGCCUCUACGACGCCAUCGACUUGUUCCACGAGGCGCUCCCUGGCAUGGUCGACGCAGGAGCCAUGGUCAUCUACUACUUCGGCGCCGGCUUUUUGCAGAUGCCCGCUCUGACCCUCUUCGGCAAGAGUACCGAGGAGACUGAAAAGGUUCUCAAGCCAUUCAUCGACGCGGCCUCCGCGAAAGGCUUGGUCGUCAAGCCCAACUACACGGAGUUUGAGAGCUACUACGACCAUUACGCUCACUACUGGGGCCCCUUGCCCGCCGGAAACAUCCAAGUCGGCACGCAGCUUUUCGGCGGGCGUCUCAUCCCACGACAUGCCCUAACACACUUUUCGCCCACCGCUCGGGAACUCGUCUCCAUGGGCGUCAUGUUCAUCGGUGUCGGGCUGGACGUCUCGCGCUUCGGCCGUGAGAAAGCCGCCGCGGUUCUUCCCCAAUGGCGCCAGACGCUGGUCCACGCGUCGCUGACCAUGCCCUGGAGUUUCGACGCUCCCUUCGAGGAAAUGGUCGCGGAGCAGAACCGCAUGACGCGCGAGGUGCAGCCGGUCAUUGAGGCGGCGACGCCCGGGGCGGGAGCGUACAUGAACGAAGCCGACUUCCAGCAGCCGGAUUUCCAAGAGACCUUCUUUGGUGCCAACUAUGAUAGGUUGCUACGGAUCAAGAAAAAGUAUGACCCGAAUGGCCUGUUUUAUGCGACGGCGGGCGUCGGCAGCGAAGAGUGGACGGUGAAAAAAGAUGGGCGCCUGUGCCGAGCACACCGAUAG